GAAGGAGGAUUCGAGUGGAGAGGGAGGUGAGAGAGAGCGCGCGAGUGCGAGUUGUGCUAGGGCGCAUGUGCGCCCCUAAAUUUUCUAGCCCCAAGUGCGUGUGUGUGCGGAAGCGGGUGGUUGGUUGUGUGCGUGUAUGUGUGUUGGAGUGGGUGGUGGUGGGUUAGGGGGUGAGCAUUUUCCCCGGCGUCGUGGCCGUCGUCGUCAUCGUCGUCACCGCUGCUGCUGUUGGUGUCUCGUCUGAAGAGAGAGAAUCUUCGGACGAUGAGUCUGGUGGUUGUUGGGAUCGCAGCGCACACGAUGAGAGCGUGUGUGUUCAGUUAGGGAGAGCGAUUGAGCAUCUCUGUGUCUCUGUGCGAGGAGCUCUCGGGUCGGCUUUUGGUUUGGCUGCUUCCCGUGUAAGGAAUAACGGAAAGUCGACGCUCCCCGUAUUCUCAAGUCGUCGUCAGUCGUUAGCCAAAAGUCGGACGAGAUUGCUGCAAAAUUAAAAACAUCUUCGGUCACACGCGCGCAUAUAUUGCAUACACACAGGAGCAAAAAAAGCAAGCAAAGCAAAAAGAAGAAAGAAUAAUAACAAAAAUACUUCCGACUUUAGAGACUUUUACACAGAUGUGUAUAUAUUUUAGUGUGCAUAGCUUAUAGUUAGAUACAAAGUGACCGAAAGGAGCAAGAGCAAAGCCGGACUAUCGUCUCAAGUUAUAACCCCCCUCUUAUAUAUUAUUAUAUAUUCUUUAACUUGGCAAAAUCAUCAUCGUCGGCAAAAACCACCCCUUCGAGAAAUUUUCUCUAUAUAAAAUUUAGUGUAAUUUUCUUCUCUUAAUAAAUAUUUACCCACACACCACCGGGGCGCCUCGUUUCCGUCGUGCGUUCCGUGGAGGCGCCUUUGGCUUCAAUCCUUUGCCUCUCGUUGUGGGUCGGAGUUCGAAGAGAAGAUAGACUCGCCACGCCGUAAGGAGCUGCCAUCAUCCUCGUCGUCCGGCAGGCCGACGUCUUCUUACAUAUUAUCGUCGCUACGGAGAAAGUCGUGCACCACAUCUAUCUCGACUCUCUUACGGUUCGGACCUAAAACGUACACGCGGCGUACAAUUUCUUAGAUUCGUUGUCGGAACGCAAAAAGUAAAAAAAAAUAUAAAAAAAACAAAUUCAAACAAAAUCCAACAUCAGCAAAAAAAUAUCCCGGGAUUCGAGUUUGUGAAAUCAAUUCAAUCAGUUUCGCGAAGUUAAACAAAACAACAAAAACCGUGUUGAACAGCUCUACAACGGCUCUUAAACAUCUCUAAACAGCUCAAUCUGCACUCAGAAAAAAAAAAAAAAAAAAAAAAUCACGAGAUGGAUCACCAGCAAAACCGUGAAUGAAUGAUCGCUGACGCAGAUUCGUUACGUGCGAGGAUUACUACAAACAUCUCCGGUAAAGUGUGUGCUAUUCGGCGGUAUCCUUAGGAAGAAGUUUAAAAAGUGUUGCGCGCAAAAACAAAAAUGAUGGCCUUCAAUCACCAGCUCACGUUGGCCUCAAGUCUGCUGAACUCCAAGGAUAUUGUUGUUGGUGCCACCGGUUCCGGUUCACUGCCUACCGCGACCAUCCUCGGGGCCGUGGCCGGAAGUCCUCGCCGCCGAUCAGUGUUCCCACCCUCAGCGGUGCCAAUCUUGCUUUGAACAAGUUCUUCAGUUGGAUUUUAAGUUAUACAAGAACCAAAUAAACGACUAUAUCUACUGUGUGUGACUCAAUAAACAUGUUCUCAAAAAUGGCAUAUAAAUACAUCAAAACGGCAAGAAUCAUCUUGUUUCAUUAAUAGUGAUAUAAAAUACAUAAAACAAAAGACUUCUGUAUGAUGCUGAAGACCAGAACCAGACAAAAUGAAAAAAUCACGAAAACUGGUCAAACUGUUGCAAAAUGUCAUCCGAAAGAAAUGAGUGAAAAAUUAUGUGAAACUGCAAAAUGGUCAGACAACUACAAUGACGAUUGAUGCGGUUGGCUCCCGUACUGCCAUAGGCCAAACCGAUCCGAUCGAUCAUCGUACCGAAGCUAGAAUAAAAAAAAGUAUGAUAACACGUCUAGUUAAAUAAACUAAACACUAAAACGCAAAUAAUAGCUAAAAACACUGAAGUUUUUUCUCCCCCGAAUUAAAGUAAACAUGGAAUGCGCUCACCACCGGCAACGCCACCUCAAAAAAAUGUUGCGUGGUAGCAGGUAGAAGAAAAAAAAAAAGAAGCAGCAGCAGUAACCCAAACCCCUGAAUUUAGUUUGUCGCAAUUUUUUACUACUGCAAAAAAUCCCCACGACGACCACCGGAAACAAGAACUUCGGAAUCAUCGGAGAAGACCAGUGAGAGUGAAAAUUUUCUGACCAAAGAAGAUCGACCAGAAGAAGAAGAAGAAUCUGAAGUCUGAGUGUAAAGAGUAUCUUUAAGUUUGAGCUAAGAUAAAAAAAAUAAACAAAAAACCAAUCAACAAACACGAAUACAGUGCGAAAUCGAGCGAAGAAGAAGAAACUGUACACACGGAUAAACUAAACUGAACGAAGACAAAAACUGGUAAAGAACCUUAUCUAGUGAAGAAGAAAAAGCAUGACGGUGACAUGUGCCGAAGGAGUGCGAAAAUAGUGUUCUAAGAAGCCACACGAACGCUAAAACUAAGGAAAGUACCCUCGUGGAAACGAGGAAUUCGCCAUCACCAGCGAGUAUUGAACGAAGAGACGCAGAAGAAGAAAACCCCCGGAUUUGACAACAGCCCCCAAACACUGAAAAAAAAAAGACGAAAACAAAAACAAAAAAAAAGUGAAGACAGUAGUGAUAGUGUGUGUGUUAAAAAGAAGAGAAGAAAACUAAGGAAUACUCGUCCCCGCAAAACAUACAAAGUGAGAACAAAACAAAAGAAAAACACGAAGGGAAAAAAAGUGAAAGUGAAUACAUAGGAAGAGAGACUGCAAGUGCAGAGCCAAAACAAACGAACAAAUAUUCAUUUUUAUUCAAACCAAACCCCCCGGUACGUGUAUCACAUGUGUGGAAUAGCAACAACCAAAACCAACCUCCGAUCCAGCUUCCCGUCAAAUCCUCUAGUUGUCCACGUAUUCCCUCACAGUUUUCAGUUUUCAUCCACUCCAGCAUCCCCCCAUCAAACCCCCCGUAACAGAACGUGAUAUCUAAACAGAGUACAAACAACCUCCUCCCUCACAGUUGAUCCUCACCCCCACGAAACCAUAACCUCAAACCUCCCAACAAUUCCCAACCAGUUUUUCUCUAACAACAAAAUUAUAACAUAAUAAAACGUCGUCGUCAUCGUCGUGCUCGUCGAGUUAGAACAAGUCCGCUAGGUCGUCGUCGUCGCAGUCGUCGAAAGAGAAAAGAGAAGGUGGCUGCCAGCAGCAAGGCUGGCAUCAUCAUCCGAUCAUUUUCGUCGUCCUCUUCGUCGUCUAUCUUCGUCGCAUUCAUCGCGUGGACUCUCCCAAAAAAACCCGGAAGGAUUAGUAGAAAAGCUGCAAAGAAGGACGGGUGCAUAGCGCGCGCGGUGGCGAAUCUACGGUGUGAACUGUGAUAAAACAAGCCGGAAACGACUCACCAAACCAAGAAAAAGAAGAAGAAGAAAACGAAACGGUGACGACAAAAGUCGUCGCGUAAGAAAGGAAGAAGAAAACAAAGAAAGAGGACAGUGAGUGUGUGGACGGUUCACAUAUGAUUAUCCCACAUUCAAAUCAACCGAUUCGACUUGUACCCGAAGAUAACCAAAACAGCCAGGUCCAUGCGAUGGAAGGGGAAACAUAAGGCCGGGUUAAGCGAGGGGUACUGUUCGGAAUUGUUGGAAGAAGGGGCACUCGCCGCCAGUCGCCGUUUUCGCCGUCGCCGUCGUCCGCGUUCAAGUCGUCGUAUGAAUCGCCGACGUGGUUCUUGGUAUUGCCAUCGUUGUUGUACCAGUAAUAGUAAGAAUCAACAUCUAGCAGGGCAACGACAACGACAAGAACUACAGCAACAGCAACAACAACCGUGGGGAGGGGAGAGUUUCUCCCACCUUGGUGCGCUGGUCUCUGGGCCAAUAACGUCGUUUGCCACUUAUGAUGUCAUCAGAGGAGGACACUGAUUCUUUCGGUUUGUACGUCGAUAAGUUGCUAAAGAAAAACAAACGAGCCAGACAGCGCGUAGACGCGGGAGAGCCAAGAAAUAGUUAUUCUUCGAUACCGAACUUUAGUUCCAGACCGUCGUCCUUCAUGAGCGGUGGUCUAUACGGGGCUAUUUUUAGCCAAAGCCAGCAGCAUUUCGGUGGACUGUUUGGCUACGGGCCAGCCAACAAGAUGCUCAACGAGCUCUUGGGAAGACAAGUGAAGCAAGCACAGGACGCCAGCGAUCCGGACAGUAUCAGUAUGCUAUCAUCGAUUGAGGCAGCCAACGCAGCGGAUAAUAGCAAUACCCCAACGAGCAAGCAUGGAUUCGAGAGUACGACGAAUCUGAACAACAACAACAGCAGUACGACAAACAAUAACAACAGUGCUAGCAACAAUUCGCCCACAUCGGACGCAGGGUCUGUCAUGAUGGGUCGAAGGAGUAGCAACAGUCAGUGCAACACUGCCAACAACAGUGGAGCCGGUAACAACCAGCAGAACAACAGUAAUAGUAACAGCAGCAGUGGUGUUAUAGACCUUGACGGUGGUUCUAGAACACCACAGCCCAACGAUUUGGCGCAUCAUAUGUUGCGCAACAUUCUGCAGGGCAAGAAGGAGCUGAUGGCCCUCGAUCACGAACUGCGAACAGUGAGCAAUCAGAGUUCGGCCCUCGGCGACCGGAUAUCGCCCGAUAAUAACAAUGUGAUCAGCAAGAACAAUAACAUCUACGACAUUAGCAAGUGCGAAACAGUGAACGGUGGUGACGUUAGUGACUCUAGCGAACUAGGUGCUAAUAACAACAAGGUGAAUCAGAAGAACAGUGCGACCAAUAAUCAAACCAACAACAGUGAUAACAUCAACCAAUCGACUAGGCCAAUUUCUCUGGACUCGAACAAUAGCAAUUGUGAUGAUAUGCUAGCCUCGGAUCUGGCCCAUACCGAGCGGCUAUUGAACGGUGUGAGUGGUAGUGGAAAUGGUACCGGUUCAACCGGUGGCCGGUGUUCUAGUGUGAACCCUAAACAGGAGAAGAGUGAUGUGAUUGACGAGCUGGUGGCAUCGCUUCCGGAUGAGGUCGAUGAAACCAUGCCGUCACCUGCCUCGGGCAGCAACGGUGUGAUAAUUACCAAGCAGGAACUAGAUAUGGACGAUUGUCUGGAGGAUAAAGACCGGGACGAUCGGACGCCAAGCCCGGCCCCGAGCAAGAACGAUUCGGAAUCGAUGACGCUGAAGCGGGCACGAGUGGAAAACAUUGUGUCGUCGAUGCGUGCCAGUCCUGCCCUGUUGGGUUCCCAGCAGGGACAGGUCAACGGAUGCAAGAAACGUAAGCUGUACCACCCGCAGCAACAUGACAAUAGCGCCGCUGAGCGGUAUGCUGCCGCAGCCGCGGCCGGAUUAAAUCUCGGUCUAACACUGCAGAACUUCAUGCUGGGGGCCAGCGCAGAUCCGGACGAUGACGACGACGAUAUGGAAGUCACUCCGCAUCUCCACCAGAAGCGUGUCGAGAAAGACGUACUUAAGUCCCAGCUGCGAUCGAUGCAGGAACAGCUCGCCGAAAUGCAGCAGAAAUAUGUGCAAUUAUGUUCCCGGAUGGAGCAGCAGUCCGACACCCAGGAGGUGGACGACAGUGCCAGCGAUAUCAUGGAGGACGAUUCCAACAACCCGGAUCUCUCGCCAGACAAGUCUCUUAUCCAGAGCUCCCCAGCUUCGACCCCUAUCAAGGACAUGGGUAAGAAUGCCGAUGCAUCCAGUAUGCUGCAGAUGAUGAGCAAGAUGAUGUCGGCCAAAAUCCACAGCCAGCUGCCCACGCAUCCGCACAUGCCGGGUGGAUUCAACGGUACGCACCUGUUCCUACAGCAUAUGCAGCAGCAAGCUGGUCUACCGCACGACGGAAUGAGCCAGCACAGUCAGAUGAGUAAUGCCGCCAUGUACCAGAAACUGUUCAUGGAACAGGAAGCGCGGAUGGUGAAAGAAGUCGCCGAGCAGCAAGAAAGGAAUCUGCAAAACUCGGCCAAUCAACAACUCCUUCAGCAGCAGGCUCUGCAACAACAGCAAAUGCAGCAGCAGCAGCAACAACACCAGGAACGGAAUAGCAACAACCAACAGCAAAUGAUGCAACAGCAACAGCAGAACCAACCGCCCCAACCGCAGUUGCAAUCUCCUCAGCAUCAAUCAAACCAAUCCCAGCAACAGCAACAACAGCAGCAAAUGCAACUGCAGCAGCAACAACAGCAGCAAAUGCAGCAACACCAACCUCCCUCCCAGCAAAAUCACAUCUCACCGCCACAAAUGCCACCGAUGCCGCAUCUACCGCAGAUCCCGAAGGGUUCAUCCAUUCCCUCGGAUCUGACUAGCCGGCUGAACAUGAUGCGAUCCAGCGUCAGUUCGGUGGGACCCAUGUCCGGUUCGGACCUGGAAGGCCUAGCGGACGUACUAAAAACGGAAAUCACUGCCUCGUUAUCCAAUUUGGUCGAUUCGAUCGUGACGAGGUUCGUCCACCAGCGACGGUUCCUAGGAAAACAAUCGGAAGCAGCGGCAGCCGCAGCGGAACAACUCAACAAGGACCUUAUGAUGGCUUCGCAGCUACUGGACCGCUCCAAGUCGCCGCGGACAAAAGUUUCUUCAGAACGCGGACCCACCUCCGGCAACAGCAGUAGCAGUCAAUCAGGUAAUGGACCAAUGCUUAAUACUAAUCUUAACAGUGCACCCAACCCAAACCAGCCUCCCGCUGGCAAUCCGAUGAUCCCCGGUCAGCAGGGUAAUGGGCCCCGACUGAACGGCCAGGCGUUCCCUCCGAUGGGAAUGCCGAUGCACGUGAACAACGCGCCCACGCACGACCCCAAAACCAUGAACAACAUGAACCAGCUCAAUAUGCCACCUCAUGUUCGACCUUCUCCUUCUACAGCUAUGUUCCAAACGCCGAAGCCACCGCAGAACCUCAACUCGGUAGCCGCCGCAGCCCUGUACAACUCGAUGAGUGCGCUGGGCAACACUCAGGUGAAUCCUUUCUGUAUGCCCGAACCUCGGGAAAACCCAGAGCAAGCCGAAGCCCUGAGUCUGGUUGUGACGCCUAAGAAGAAGCGCCACAAGGUAACGGAUACCCGAAUCACGCCACGAACCGUGAGUAGGAUCCUCGCCCAGGACGGAAUCAUCCCAUCCGGAAAUCCGAUCCAGCUAGACCAAAACAAUAGCAAUCAAGGUAGCAACACCGCAAGCAGCAACGGCAGCUUGAACAGUGUCAACAACGGCAACAAUAACAACAGCAACAACAAUAACAACAACAACAAUAAUAGCAAAAACAACAACCAGCAGCAGUUCAACAGCCAACCACCGAGUGUGCAAGCGAGCACCCCUACCGAGAGCCCCUCUCCCCGAGGAUCGUUCCAUCCGCCACCCCCUUCGAUGCUGCCGGUGUCGCUGCCUACAUCCGUGGCGAUACCGAACCCCUCCCUCCACGAGUCCCAAGUGUUCUCGCCGUACAGUCCCUUCUUUAACCCUCAUGGCCCCCCGCACGGUGGUCCCCAUGGACCGCAGCCUUCGCAGUUCCAUCACAUGAAAGUGUCCUCGAGCCCGCCCGGCAUGAACGGCAUGAUGGACCCCCGAGAUUCGCCCCCGCUUCCGCACCCGCCCACGAUGCUGCACCCGGCGCUGUUGGCAGCUGCCCACCACGGCAAUUCGCCCGACUACGGCCACAUCCGGGCCUCCAUGGACGUCAACGACCGCAACUCGGACUGCAACUCGGCGGAACUGUCCUACAACGGCAUGGAGCCUACUAUAUCCUUUUCAAAUUCCUUAACUCCGGUGUACUCGUCGACAUUGACCCCGAUGCAUCUGCGCAAGGCGAAGCUGAUGUUCUUCUGGGUCCGGUACCCGAGCUCGGCCGUCCUCAAGAUGUACUUCCCGGACAUCAAGUUCAACAAGAACAACACCGCCCAGCUGGUCAAGUGGUUCUCCAACUUCAGGGAAUUCUACUACAUUCAAAUGGAGAAGUACGCCCGGCAGUCGGCGAGCGAAGGCAUGAAGAACGUGGACGACAUCCAUGUGAGCAACGACAGCGAGAUCUACCGUGUGCUCAACCUGCACUACAACAGGAAUAAUCAUAUCGAAGUGCCCCAAAAUUUCCGAUACGUCGUUGAGCAGACGCUGCGGGAGUUCUUCCGCGCGAUACAGGGCGGCAAGGACACCGAGCAGUCGUGGAAGAAGUCCAUCUACAAAAUCAUCUCCCGACUGGAUGAUCCCGUGCCGGAGUAUUUCAAGACGCCCAACUUCCUCGAGCAGCUGGAGUAAGUUGUUGCGAGCCGUCGUCGUCUACCAGUACCAGAACAAAACAAUAAACCUAACACAAUAAAACAAAUCUUACGCUAGUAAUCAACACAGAGAGAGAGAGCAACAAUUGAUUGGCGAGGGGUGACAGCGAGGCGAACGUUUUCGCUGUCCCCAAACGUCAGAAACCUGCAAACACCGAAUCAAUAACCAAAAUAACUGAGGGAAAAAGAGUAAAUAAUAAAUUUAAACAGAGGGAAAACAAAGACAAAGAUAAGAAGUUACUUUAUUAAUUAUAAAUUUAAAGCAAAUUAUACAAAAUUGUUAUCUAAACAAAUUUAAUGCAAAAAAGAAAUUUAAUUUUAGAGAAAGUAAAAGUAACACAAAGUAUAAAUAUAUUGUUUAAAACAAACAGGAAGAAGGAGAAGCAAAAACAAACCAAAACCUAAAAACCAAGAACAAACCAUCUAAAUAAGCGAAAGCAUAAGACAUAAGAGAAGUAACAACAAUUUGUGGUUCCUAAUAAUGUAGUGUGCUUACGUCCGAAUAACAAACAAAAAACGAGGAAAACAGGAAGGGAAGCAGUCAGACGGCAAGCAAAAUUCAAAAACAAAAACACAAAAGUACUUAUACGAGACUCGGUAUACUCGCGCGUUUAGGCCUUCAUUUCAGAAAACACAACCCAAAUUUUAAAGCAAACAAGCAACAGAAACCCAUUCGAGAACUCUCAGAAAGUCUGGAGGAAAUAGAUUUAACGUGAAAUUUAUAAACAAAGGGAAAAAUCAUCUAAAAUUAAAUGUUUUGAAAACGAAACUAACCUCAAAAAAGUAAGAAAAAAAACGAAAGCGAGCAGCCGGACGUUUUGGCGAAAUCUAUCACGGAAUCGGGCCGGGCUAUUUCGGUAAAUAUAGGAGAGACGGAUGUAUAAGAACACCAAAAGAAGGACGACUUCAAGGAUCGUCUCAUCGUCGUCGUCACCGGUGGUGACGACACCGAGAGUAAACUGUAUUGCAACUAGGGACGUUCUUUCGGAAAAAAUACUAAACAAUGAAAACAAUCAUCUUCUAGGGAGUUAGCGGAUGGCAGCGCGACAUUCAGGAGCAGUCAAAAUCGUAGACAACUUUUGAAGCCACCAAAAAAUAACGCGUGAAAAUGGAUAAAAAUAUUGUAAUUUUAACGUUUUGGGCUCCGGGGGUACGGAUUUCCCGCAUGUAGGGGAAGCAGCCCCCGGUCGACUUGUGUUAUUUCCAACACUUGUUUGUACAAUGUUCAGUUGAUGAUUAUUUUCAACGGUGGACGAUGCUUCCGCGCUGGACCCGGUGGUCCAGCUGGGAACCAUCACCCACCAAUUCUGUACACUGAUUUUCUAUCGAACCAGGAAAAAUGAGGGAGAAAAUAUGAACUUUUGGCAAAACCCAAAAAAUCAAGCGUGAAUUACAUGAACAUAACCUAAAACCAAACCUUUUAGACCUAAGGAAUUUUGGCCGCGAAACGACGCGCUACGCUUGCUGUGUUUUCUUCGAGGUCGUCGUGGGCGUCACGCACCGUUACGCGCGCGAAUCGAACGUUGUAAAUUCAAAAACAAAAUCUUGUAAAUAAUCGAAAGGGGCGGGGGGGGUAAAGAGCGUCGGGUUUAUUUAUUAUUUGAUGAACGCAAAAAUGUGUAAUAAAUGGCAUUGUUUGUUUCUUUGUAAUCUAAAUUGUACAAAAUCGAAAGGAAUGCGAAGCGAAAGAACAUUCGUUUUUGUUUUCUUUUCCACAAAAGUUGAAUCCGCGCGGGGACUGUUUUAGGUAGCAAAAUUUGUUUUCGUUCUUUGAGUAUUACACUGUUUCGGCAAGUACGUUUAGGCUAAAAUUUUAACGCAAACUCGAGUGAAACGUUUCGGCUGUUUUGGACUUUCUUUCGUGGUCGCUCUGGGGGUGAGAAUGGGGCAGCUUUUGGGCAACUGUUUUGGCUUUUUUUUCAGAGGGAAAAAGGUGUGUCGUGGGCAAGUGUAACGCUACGUAACGUGCACGCGAUCGAAUCAUAGCAAGCAAGGUGCGUCGGUUCAUAAACAAAGCAAAAACGUUGUUGAAAAUUGACAAACAAAAGUAAAACUCUUUCGGCGUAAGUAAGGUAAAGUAUGAGAAUUCAAAAAAUCUUGUAGAUAGUCGUGUUCGUGCAGUAAAGGCUACUGAAAAAAUCCUUUUCCUCUAACCAUUAAGGCAUAAAACAUUCCAAAUUUUAGCGAUGUACAUUUUUUGAACGCAAAAUUAUCAACAUCUGACGAAUAACGGCACAGGUUGUUAAUAUUUCUAGGACGUUAGGGUGGUACCACUAUUGUAUUGUUUAGCGAUUAAGUGAAAUUUUAUGCUUAUUAUUUGCGUUUUAAGUUCUCAUUUUAGAGCGACUGUCGGAUGAGCUGCUUUGGCACUGGAAUGAGUUUCGAGAUUCGAUGGUGGUUUUUAGAAAUUCGAUUGUCGCAUCACAAAACAAACUUUUAGGCCAAUUCCAUCACUAGAAAUUUUCAGCAAUAGAAAGGGAGGUGAAUUCGACACUUCCAGCAAUUGGACUACCAGGAAAAGGCCACUAUUCGGUAACUGGAAACCGUUUUCGGAGUGCCAGCAUGAGCAGCUCAUCCAAAAGCAUCGCCACAAUCUAAAUCAUACCAAAGUUAAUCAAAGGUAAACGAAUACGUUUCCCCCACUAGUCUCUACUUGUAUGAAAUCACUUUGACUGAGUUGUAUUGGAAUUUUUCGCGUAUCGAGUAGAGGAAGAAACCGCCUAUUUUCCAUUAAUUUAUGACGUGGUGCGGGAAAGUUUCUCGUAGAAGGAGAAUAUGCAGCUAAUGCAACAAACGAGGUACAAAUGGUGUACAUUUUGGGCGAUGGAAGAAUCCAAACAACUAGCGGUAGUAAGCGUAACCUUUUCAAGCAAAAAUUUAGAACGAUAAACAACGUUUUAUUGUGAGUUUCCUAGUCUUGUGUAUCGAAUAAGUUCAUCGUUUCUGAAAAGGAAAAUUAACGCGAACGCCCGAGUAAAAGCAUAUUUCGGCGUGAAAUGUAGACUAUAAACCAAUCACACGGUUCUAUCGAAAACGAUAAAAUAUAAUUUGGAAAAUUCGUGUAAAGCAAAAACAGAAAAAAAUAUCUAGCGAGUAAUUUAUUGGGUAAGCGUUUGAAACUUAUUUAAACUGUGCUCUGGUAAACAGAAGCAUCAUUGUAUAAUCUUUUAUUUAAAACAUGGAAAUAUCAAGAAAAUUGGUUAUUUUUGUAACUGAAUUAUAAAUUUAUAUUAUUAUUAUUGACAUUAAUGGAAAAUGUACAAAAAAUAAAUCUAAUCGUAUGAAAAGUUAAUCAAAAUUUUUAUAAUUUCCGAAAUCUAAUUGGCAACACUUCCUUAAGUUUCCAUUCUUCGUACAAAAAAUUCAUUUUCGUUCGUUUUCUUUUCUUCAUUCUCUUCCGUUGAUUUCUUAUGAAAAAAAAAAGUUCAGGAGAGUCAUAGUCCUAAAAAGCGUAACUAUAUUUAUAUCAUGCCUUCAAAAUUUUAACGACAAUGUAACUGAAAUUGUGAUAUUAAAAAUAGAACUCUCGAAGAGGCAUCCCCGUCCGGCUUUGGCAGCACGGCGCGAAGUGAACCAAGAACGAGGCAAACGUGAUGAAAAUGGCGAUGGGUUUCUUCGAUUUAGGAUUCGCAAGCAAACACUCGCUCUAAGGUUCCUAUAGAUUUAAAAACCUCCUCCGUACACUAACCUACGAAAAAAAAAUGCGUGUGCUGUUCAGGCACGGGGAGGUCCCGUACCUCCCCAGCCUGUUGCCGAAGAUUUUACGUAACACACACCGACAACGACGUCCAAUAUCACCCGAGCUGUGAUGGUUGAGCGCGUUUUAGAAAGUGUCAUCGCUUGCGAUUCGUGUCGAAGAUCCCGGCGCGAUUGGACGUUUUCCCGGUGAGUCAUUGGAACGUUUCGUCCUGUGCUGGGAUCAAGCCCUCAGAUCGGGGAAACCUCGCGACCUCGAGAGAAUAGUAAAAAUUAAGGGAAAAUUAAGCUUUCGGUAUCUCAAAAUAUAAUCGCGGUGAAUCGACUUCGAUUCACCGGGGAGAAAAAUUACACAAACUUUUGGAUAUUUUUAGGCACGUGAUAUAAAAUGUAAACCAAAAAAAAGUAAAACGUAUUUGUACACAAACAUUGAAACAACUCUUAACGUUUUUGGGCGAUCGACAUGCAAAAUUUGUUACCAGUUUUUCGGCAACCAAGACUAACCGGACGAACCUUUCGGAAUGACAAGCAAAAGGCAUACUUUUCGGUUUGUUGUAUUUGUGGACUUAUUUGUUUCAGUGUAGGGCGCCCGAUUGAACUGUCUUGGGGUGAGAUCGACGGUGGAAUUUUCGGGUUUGUGAUAUUCGGACCGAUUCGGAUGGCUUCGGAGCAAUUGUGGGAAUGCCUUUGGGAACUCAGGGAAAUCUGGUAGUCCGUAAGUGACCUUAUGAUAACUCCCUUCGAAAGCCACAGCGCAGCGCUUCGAGACCCAGUGACCAGCAACAAACACAAACAGACACAGCAGCAUAAAUGAAAAUAGAUAAGGCAUUAGUUCAUAAGCAGCUCUCAACUUACAACAAUUACAAUAUAAAUGGUAGUGUUACAUUAUAUUUAAUUAUUCAAACCAAGAUAUAACUUACUCUUAUUAAUCAGUGUGUUUAAACAAUAGUAUUGCAAGCAAACAAACAAUAGCCUACUCUCAUCAUAAACAAUAAUCAACCACAGCAAACAAACAGAAUUUGAAUUACAACCAAAACUCACUGGUUCCGAAGGAGUAACUGCGCUCAGUGCAGAGAUUUGGACGCUGUGCUGUGGAAAUCCCACCAACGGUACAGUUCCUUGGCCCACCAUGGAAGAAUCUCGAAAGUGUUUUCCCACUUCAAAGUUCCCGUGAAAGCGUCGGAUCCUGGCUCUGCGGCGGCAUCUGGCACAGAAGGGCCCUCGGCCGGACUGGCCUGUCAUCUUCAUUCGAUACCCCCCGGUACACGUCCCCUCUCGGAAUCGCGUUCUGGCAGCGGUUCUUCGGUCUACGUUGAUGUGCCCCCUAGGUAACUAGGCGCCGCCAGCGUCGGCAGAAGCGUCAAAGUUGUGGAAUUCUGUGGUUUUGCGCGAUUUUCAUCACGGUCCAUAACUUUCCUGUAAGCGUGUGGCCACGACCUCCAACACCAGUGGUCCACUGCCUCCGCUUCGGAACGGUGACCUCCGAGCUAACGGGGACUCUGCUUGUGGGUCGUAGCCCUCCGGCAUCGACCGUCCUCGGCUUACAAAAUAGGACGCCCAGAGCCUCACAGGUUGUCCACCGCGCGCGGGCUUUGAACACCUUGGGAACACAUUCGAAACAGUUCUUCCGGCAGAACGAUUCUGCGGCUUCGACUGAACCGAGUUCAAAACGAGUGCGCCCGUUUCGGUUCGGAUUGAAGUUUGGAUAUUUGGACGCCAGGUCGGUACCAGUGAUUGAAAUUUCGAGAGUUGAUAGGUCGGACGAGCUACCCGGUUUUCAACUAGUCCAUUCCGAAAGCUCCCCACGCCGGAUAAUCGUUCGGGAAGAUCCGAAUAUCAUCAUCCAGGUCCCCGAAAUAGGUCGAACUCUGAGACGAGACUCGCGAAGACGGUCUUCUUUUUCUCCACUUUGUUAUUUUUUUCUUCUUCCUAUCUGUGUUGACAUUAUGUUUUGGGCUGGUGGUUCAAACACGUACGUGACCGCAUCAGCUCACAUGCAGUGUGACUGAAUCCCAUUCACGCACAAAAUCAUGUUGAGGUGAAAUUUUGCAUCGCCAACAAUCGCCAAGCAAAGUAAUCAUUGGAAUAUUUUGUUUUCAAUUUAUUUUUGACAGUACAGGAGAAGAAAAUGCUGAUCGGAGUGAAUUUUGGCUUCAAAAUUUAUCUCGGAUAGCAAUACUUUCCUCGUUUUAGGUAACGUAAUCAAACGGGCUACAACUGACAGCUCAGUUGGGCUGCACUUGACGUUGCUUUUUUUCCUCUUCGCGAGUCUCGUCUCAGGUCGAACUCAGACAUUCAACAGGGCAAAGAGUAGUUGUAAAUAUAGUGAUUUCUUUUAUACUUAUCAGUUCAUUAUUCAUUCAUCUCUAAAUUGGCUUUAUCUUGUAGUGAUCAACUUCCAAGAAUUUCUCUUCCAAUAAUUGGCGUGUGAUUGGCUUAAAAUACAUCGAUUGGCGCAGCAAAACCAAUGGUAAGUGAUCAAAAUUAUCGCAUAAAUUUAAAUUUUCUGGAAAAAUCAUACGUAUUUAAUAACAUUCGAAUGGAAAUUCUGGGCGGAGCGUAUUUCUUGUACAACCCCUGUUAAGGUCAAAUUCAAAACAGUGAAAACGAAGCGUUACGGACCGUUACAUCAGCUUCAAGCGUUCGUAUGUGAACCGCGGGCGCCGUAAAUCUGACGCGACGUGCAUACUUUCAGGCGUAUUACACCACAUCCAAGCGUUCGGACGCCAAAAUUACACACUGAAACAAGACUGAUUUUGCGAACCAAAAGAAACACCACCUGCAAUAGUUGUCGAAAGCGCACGCACGCACGCGAGAAACCACACAAUGCACCGCAGCGCAGUCGGCACCACGCGGUUCACACUCUAUAAGCAUCCUUACACGAGUUCAAUUAAAAAAAAACCGAAACGGAAACACGUUAAACCCACACGUCUUUUAUAUUGAUAGGUUAUCGUUUGAUACUAACUAGGACCAGUUUUAUGCUACCCAAAUCAAAUCAAACCAAGUGCAAUAAUACGUAAACUUUUAGCGAAGCGACGGAACCAAGAAGCACCCACAAUGUACACAAUGGACACAACUCUACAAAGCAAAAAUCAUCGGGCAUCCAGAAAUUGGAUCAACAUCCUCAUAUGUUAAAAUCAACGCAUAUUUUAAUUUAGAAAAGAGCUAUCGCCUUCGAAAGAAUUUCAUUUAUUCAAAAGCUUCCCUCGAAUCGACCGCGAUUAACGGACUUUUGUUUCCAAAAGCAAUAGAACGGAGCGUAGAUAUGUGCUUUUAACCACUCUGUGUGGAACCAGACUAGGUUUUGCCUUCACUCCCAACAAAUGGAGUAGUUUUUCAUCACCCAAUUGGCAGUUUGUUUUGCAGAGAAUCAAGUUUCCCGAUGUGAUGGGUAACGCAUUAACUUUCGGUAAAGUAGAAUCAUCCUCAGUUGAAGUGAAUUUUCCGGCCACUCUUAUCAGAAGAGAAAAGAGCCUCUCAAUAGAAUUCGACGGCCGAUUCGUUAGGUUUUGAAAAAUGGUGUCCUUUUGAAGUGUGAUGCUAUUGAAGUUGAUUUGAUUUUCAAACGGGAAUAGUUUUAAGGCAUUAUCAAUAACUACAAUCGGUGAAACACAAAAAACGCAAUACAGUUUACAAUAAACAAAUCAAACCAAAAGGGAAGAACAAACUAUUAAAAAUAAAUAGAUCUGAUAUUUAGCACAGGAAGAAACAGAAACCACAAACAACAACAAAACCAGUUACUUUUAUGAAACAACAGCAAAAUCUUCAACAACAACGCAAGGAAAAUGUUCGGAAUAUUUUUGAACUAACUUUUUUGGAAGCAGAAACUGUUUGGCAUCGUUUCGAGAGCUCUAUUUUGUAAAGCAAAAACGCGGAAUGCAGCCCAAAAACAGGAAAAACAUUUCGGAUCGUUUUGAAUUAUUUAGUUUGACAGGUUCAACAACACCAUCAGCAAACAACAGUUGCAUCAAACAAUAGAAUAAUGAACAAGAUCACCAUCUACUCCAACCAGUAAACAAUAGAAUCAAUCCGGAGCGCGCUACCAAGCGCAAAAGCUCCCACCACAAACCAAUUCAGUAAUAAAAACCGGACUUGACUGAUAACAACCAGAACCUUCCGAAUACACGAACGAACUCAGGGAAUAAUGCUACAACCAUUCGAUAUUUUCAUAUACACAGACGUGGCACUCCGCGGCGUAGGACCGCGGGGAACACCGUUUUCCAUUUUUUGACAGAUUGAACUACACACCUAACAGAGUCUUGCGAGAGGAACGCGGGAGAAAAAUAGUGAGUAAAUAUUAAUAUCCUUAAUUGAACAUAAACUCAAACUCAAAUUCAAGUAAAAUAGCCAAAAUAAACAGCAUAUAUAAUCAGUAUUUGUAUUUACAGUAAAUCAAACGCAAACACACACACAAUUGUCAUUGUAUAGAAAACACACUUUCCUCCACUAACCGCCAAUUCAAUACCGAGAUACAAAUCAAAUAGAUGAACGAACGAUAUAAUUGUUGAAAACUUGUUAAAGCCAUAGCGGAAGCUGAAAAUUUCAUGAAACUACAUGCAAAUCAAAUAAAUGAAAACUUUUUUCUAACUUUCUAGCAGAAGAAGCAAAGAUCCAGAAAAAUGAAUAAAUGUCACCAAACAAGCUAAUAUAACACAAGCAAAUCGGCGUCCCGCCGGACGCCGAUCAGAAAGUUGGAAAAGUGGAAGAAACUUUUCUUUUCAAUGAGUUCUUUUUGAGUUUUAUCUAAAAUUGCAGUGAAAACCAAAUGAAACGAAAAAGCAGCGCAGGAGAACUGCCAUCGUUGAUGACAUUCGAAAGAGUAAUGGACAACGCUGCUUGAUUUUCCAUAAUGAAUACAAAUGAAACUGAUAACAAAAAAAAUACACAGGAAGAAAAAUAAUACAAUGAGAUUGGCGAAUCAAACAAUGCGAGCGGCUUAAAUGGACCGCCCAAAUCGGAACGCAAUCGAAAUUUCAAAAGCUAAAUCUAACAAUCGGAGCGAGAAAGAUUGGAACCAAUUCUCAGUCAUGUUCGUAUAUAUCAAAACGCGACAUACACGAGUGAAUUCAAAAUUCAACGUGCCAAAAGUAUGGCGAUCAAAAUUGACACUUUUCUUGUUUGACACCAUUUUUGACGAUUGGAUUUAAUAAUAUUUGAGCAAAAACUGCGGCGAAAAAAUUGACUUUCGACAUAUUUAAACAUCAUUGGAAAGAAUCAAAAGAUGAUAAAACAUUUGAAAUCAUUCUUUGGUUCGGUGAAAAAAAGCGAAGAAUUCAACAAAUUGCUAAAAUGAACAUCAAAACAAAUUUUAAUGAUCAAAAAAAAAAAAUAAAAAAACACAAAAAAAAAUCUGUAUAAAUUUUUCAAACAGUUUUAAAAUUUGAUUAUUCAAAAUAACGAUUAUUUAUCAAUUAAAUUCUACUUUAUUCGUUCUAAUAUGUAAGUUAAAAAAGCAAAAAUUAAAUGAGAUAAAAAUUGUAAUAUUAAACAAAAAUCCAGCGAUCCGGCAACCGGCGGCAGCAAACUGAAUUGUCACAACGUGCAAACCAGGCACGUGCGACCAAAACCCCCGGAAGCGUGCAGCCCCGAUCAAGCCAGGUCAGUAGGUCUCUCUGAACCACCCAUUUCCGGGGUUCCCGGCGGUUACCACUCGGGGAACCCCACGUUCGGAAAUAAUGCUGGCAAGACGGCCUGAAGUCCCAGCGAAAGAUCGGUCGGCUUGCGCCGAUUCACUGGGAACGUGCGUGCCAUCUGGUGCAAGUUCGCUGCGUUCACAUUUGUCAACUUAAGCUACCAAAAAUUUAAACCAAAUAAAAAAAAAUGGGAAGGGCGUGUGCCCCUAAGGCCGCUCAGCUUCGGUGUGUCGCCGGUUGGUGGCCCUUCGCACCCUUACUGCAUUCAUACACACUUACACACAUUUAACGCAAAGCGAACAAAAUCGAUACAUUUACGCGCGAAUGUGCAAACACAAACACAGUUUCUCAAAUUAUAAAAACAAAAAAGAAAAUCUGAUCACAAAAUUUAACGCAAACCAAGAACAGAAAAUUCCAAAAUCUUGAACAUCGCCUCGCAAGGCUCGCUCUCUGGCGCACGACCCCAGUCGAAACCAGAAGCGGAGCGAGUCAGGCGGGCGAUCGUUUCUUUGACAUGCGAGGAAAACAAGCUAAAACCGAAAGGUUUCUUAUUUUUAAAAUAACAUUGACAUGAUAUAACAAAAGAGAGAAAAAAACGUACAUAUUUCAAAAGCACCAGUGUAAAACCACACAAAAAGAAAAUCGUUUGGCGAAUCACUUUUCAAACAGUCUGGCUAAAUGUAAACAAAAACAACACCAUCGGAGGAAAAAACGUUGGGCGUCGUCGACAGUCGGACACAGCCCUGCUAAAAGAAGUCAUGGCAACAGCACCAAAAACAAAAACAAGCUACAAGCGAAUCAAAAACGUGAAGCAAAAAUCAAGGAGUUUUGUUUAGUUUUAUAACAGGAUAAACCGGAUCAAUGUGUAACAACAACUAUGAAGUUCAGUUCUGAGUUCUUUGUUUCAACAGACUUUUAAGUUCUUCCCCGAGGGCCAUUGUGAGCUCUCGGGGUAUAACGUCAAUGAAUAUGCACUAUCGUUUGAAAUGGAAAUUUUUCGUUCCUUCUGGCAGCCCUCCAGGUUGCCAGUUUUGUUUAUCGGAUAAUCAUGGUCAUUCUUAGUUGUAUCUACGUAAUGCUAUGAUUAACGAAUAACGACUUUUGGUUUCCGUUUUAUCGACAAUAGAAUUUUAUACAGAUUGCUGAGCAGAUUUAUGGCGGUGAAGAAUCCCUGCGGUAUUUCGUGACUGAUUGGUAGAAAUUUUUCCUUGUGCCGAUUUCGGAUUGGUUUGGAACCAUCGAAAUACGAUCUAAAUUUGUGAUGUUUGUCAAAAUUUACGGAAAUUUUUGGCGGUGAUCGUUCGAUCGCCUGCUGCACAGUUUUGGAAGUUGGGGAGCUCAUCGGUAAAUCUGCUCAGAGCAUAUAAAAUACACUGGAAUGAUUUAUCAUCAUUGAACGAAUAGCAAACUUUUCAUUUCCAAUUGAGUAACCAUCCUUAGUUUUAGCAAAACAAAGAAAAAAAGAAAACUAUAACCAUUAAAAUAUAACCAAAUAACAGUCACAGCAUUAGAGAUAACCAUUUUGGAAUAUUCACAGUGUUUACCCAACAGCAGAACGAUUGAACAAAUCGACCAAUCAUGGUAAAUCCAAAAUUUGUUGAUAUAUAUAAAUAACAUCCAAUAUGACAUUAAUCAGCGAUAAACAACAACUAGUACGACAACAUCUGUACAUUCACGGAAGGAAUGAAGUAUACCGACAUCACAGGUCAGGAUUGACGGUAACAUCUGGAAAAGGAAAACAACAGAAAUAAUCGAACAAAUUUUCACUUCUAUUUUUUGCAAUAGUAAAAAAUAUAUUCUCAUACACCUCGCAGCACCCCUCAGCUGCAGCAACUGAAUGGGAGUAUAUUGAACAAAGUUUUUAGUUUGCAAUAGAAACCGGAAAAUUACGGCCGGUCCUAUCGGUCAUUCGGCGUUCGCACGAAAUAUGACUAACUGAGUCGUGAACCGUGCCCGAUAGAUUCAGUCGUAUGUUUUACAAGACAAUACAGAAUGACAAUUUUAUUUCUCAUAGUUUUUCACUCAAACCAACAGCAACAGCAACAACAACAGCAGAAACAGCAUCAAUAGAUUAACAACAACAGCAAAUCUAAACCAAAUAAAGCAACAACCAGCAUCAAUUUAAAAUUGGAACGGCAAACAACACCUUGCCUGAACUGAUAAAAACGACCAUCGAAUUGACGAAGAAAGUUUUUAAAGUUUUUCCAUUUAAUUUGCAAUAGACACAACCAAACUAAACGGAGUGAUACCACUAAUCGUCCCGGUCCGAAACCGCGGAAACUCCCCAGAAAUCCCCCAGAAAACCAACAAUAGUAACAUAAACGAAACACAAAUCAACCUUGACUUAACUAUUAAGAGAACAACACAGCAAGUCCGCCGGAACCGUUGGGCGCCCGAUCGGAGCAAGUUUUGUAAUCUUUGUCGUCGUAAGGCUCACUUGUUGUACAUAGAUAGGAACCCGGUCGGAGCACCGCCAUCCGAACGCUUGCCUCCCUCAUAUUAAUAUUAACGUUGAAAGCGGCCGGACCGAUUGGAUUCGGGCUAGCGGUAUCACUCUCAGCGAAGAAAUACAACACAGACACAAAAAAGCAAAAACUGAAAUAAACCGGAAUAAUUUAAAGUACAACACAACCAUUUUUUAAUAAUAAUAUAUUAAUCUAAACACAGAAGCAAACAAUAGUAAUUAAUGAAACAAGAUGAUAUAUUUAUAUUUUUAUACAAAUCUUAUUACAGACAAAAUCAUGCAACCAUAACAAAAAACAAAUGCCGUAUUUAAGCCAAACUGAAACCAAAUUCCAUCAAAAAAGUAAGAAGAGAGAAGAGAAUAGAAGAGAACAACAACAUCAACAAUGAUUGAGUAAGAUCAAACACACACAAAUAUAUAGUCGUUUAUAUAUUGAAACAAUCUUAAACCGUAAAUUUACCAUUAAGCAUCCUUGUUUGUAACAUUUUUCUUUUCCAAACAACAAAGCAAGAAACAAAACAACAUAAUGAAAAAAAUAGAAAUAUGCGCGAACACUGACGACGAAUCAUCAACAAAUUGCAACUUGCAGCUUAUCCACCAUGAAUAAGCACCAAAAAAAUCAGCAAAACUGAAACCUUAAUAAAAAGCAAAAAAAGGCAACACGUAAUCCAAACUUCUUAAAAAAAAAAACAAGAGGAAACACUCAGCAGACUGUUAAAAAUGUGAUCAGAUAUAUAUUAUAUAUAUUAAUAAACUAAUUAAUUAGACAAAAAGGUAUAUUUAAUGACAUGCGAUGCAUUAAAUAUCUCUCAGAAGAAAAAAAAACUGUAGAGAAAAUAAGUGAGCGAUCGAGAACGAGAGAAAGAGAGAGCAAGGUAGCGUGAAAGCAUUAAUUCGUAAGAGCAGAGAAGAGUAAAACAUAAACCAAUAAAACAAAAGAACAUCAAGACCAUACUCAUCCGAGCGGGAGAGCGCGACGACACCUCGUCGAAUCGGGUACAGAAGCUUCUGUUUUCCCGCGCAUGAGUAUUCAGACACAAAAAUAUAUUUUACUUUUUCUUGUUCUUCUUUUUUUUACAAAUAUUUGCGAAUAUUCGCUGUUUAAUAUUGAAAUUUUAUAUACAAAAUGUUUUUUAUAUAUACACCAAAUUACAGAAGCACUUGCAGAAACAAGAAACAUUAAACCAGUUAUAGGAAUCCAAGCUCCGUUUGAUGAGGAAGAGUCACAGUGAAAAUAGGAAAAUAACAAACAAAAGCAAAUAUUUAUACAAAUACAGUGAUAAGCGAGAGAGAGAGCGAGCGAAACACGCCGAAUCAAGUAACAGUAAGCCAGAGUACACACAAACCAAAAGCGGGAGGAACCAACCCGGAACAAAUAUAUAUUUAUACAAGCAACAAAACAAUAUAAGUUUACACACAUACUAGCGCAAUAGAAAUACAGUAAGGGGAAAAACGUUUGAAAAAAUAGGAAAAAUUUGUACCGGCGAGAGACCACGACAAUAUUACGGGUCGCACGCGGGCACCAAAUUUUCCUAUUGCUCAAAAAAAUAAAACCAAAACCGGAUUCAGUUAACGUUACGCCAGUUCAGUUGAAAUAGUCAAAUCUGUACACGAUCCAGAUCCAGUGGAGCGGAGGGAAAUUCCGAGGCAUUUCAAUCUUCGGAAGCCGAGCAUUUACGGGGGGUUUCUUAUGCGGGGGUUUUUGGCCGAGAAUCGUCACUUAGUUCAGCUUUCCAGGAUGGCCGGAGUUGUGCGACAGGCGGUCGAAAAACGAGUUAGCAAUAGCCACCAUUUGGCACCGGUUGGGAUUCUCACCGGGACUGGCCACCACAAGGCUUAACGGCUUUGUGGUGGCCAGGAAAUGUGAAUUGAAGCGUUCUCGCUCUGGGAACUGAUGAGUAUUUGCUUUGGAUGCCGAAAAAAAAAAUCUUGGACGAUUUUAACGAGGUUUUGACUGAACUUUGAGAAAAAAAAAAACAUAAAUUUGAUUCAGUGCAAGCGUUAAGAAACGGUUGCCGUUGAAGCGUUUGUAUUUAAAAUGUUCACCCACACGCAAACAAAUAUUUACUCAGUCACUGACUUGGUUUUACUUAAAAUUCAGUUGGCCUUUUGUUUUCUUACUCAGUUUCAAUUAAAAGUGGGACAACUCAUGGGUUAUGAGUUGUCUCACUUUUAGCUUAAACUGAGCAGGAAAACUUAAAACUUAUCAAUGCCUGAGUUAGUAUUUUCUGGGUGCUAGGCGAACGCUUAAGGACAGACUUGUUAGAAUCCCAAAAUGGCCGCCACAAUGGCCGACUUUGGCACCUACUCACGAUUUCAAGGGCACAGAUCUCUUCGUAAACAAACCCAGCGCACCUGAUCUUUUUAUUUUAAGCUUAUUACAAGUGAGCAAGAGCAGAAUAAUAAAAUUCUUUGUUGUGUGAAGCUUGCUUCUUGAGAUUUGUGCGUUUGAAGUUUGGAUGCACUGGUAAAGCGGGAUGUUAAGACGUUUGUCCUUAAUGAAACGUUCCAUUGGCUGACCGUUACGUGUUUGAAAUAUUUCAGAAUUUCAAAUUUAAGCGUACACGCUCAACAGUGUACACCCUAAAUCAUCUAAAAAUAACGCACAAAAUUAAAAAAAAAUAUAUUUAACCGCGACCGAUGUGUUCAAAAAGCGUAAAAAACUUUGUUUUCUAGAUAUUUUGCAAUCAGAAGUGACCUAUGCCGAUCACCUAGCACAUCUCAGUCCUGAUCGGACAAAAUCAGUCGCAACACCCGCCGUAAAAUGCCUUUUCAAAAUCAUCAUCAAGGAAUUCCCCUCCUCGGUACAGUACACAACAGGGAUGUUAUCUUAUGAUUUACCGAUCGUGAACAAAUGCACACGUACUAUUAACCAGAAUAGCAGUUACAAACAAGUAAUCGAUACCAACCCAGCCACAUGUCGUCACCCUCUCUAUUCAGACCUCGAACGGGGGACACCGGGACCGGGCCGUCAUGUUUGUGAUAUUAAACAUCUUAACAGAGAACAAUAGUCGUUAGUGAGCCAAAUUAUACCAUUAACACAACAAAACCCUAAGUUACAGUUACAAACUACAACUUUGCCUUAAGUUUUCCGAAGGAGCACCUCACCACCAUCGUCGUGUUCCGCGAAGCAGCAAAACCAAUCAAAAAAAAUCAUUGACAGGAGUUUUCCCAGACAGAGUUGACAGAGCAGCACCGUCCGUGGGCGCUCCAAACCGGAGACCGUCUCACCUAACAUCUGAACGCGCUCUAGUUCACCAGCGGAGCGCAACGGACGGACAGAAGAUUUCUUGUCUCUGCACAGAAGCAACCGCAGCCGCCAAAGGCCAACCGACAACCGAGCCCUCUCGAAGCGGCUGCCACACUCUACCACACACAGCAGCGUAAUAUUGGUGUUUUUUCUGGAACGUAUCUACCAAGAGAUAACAGCACCGCAGCAGCUAGAACAGCGACACCAACAUCGACAACAACAACAACAUCAACGCUGUCAACAGAGAAGUUUUUCAAGCACCAACUAGCAAACUGAAAUACAUAGGUGCAACAACUGUACGAGUGCGGAGUUGUUCCACUGCC